UCUUCGUUUCAGUUCUCUCAUUUCAUUGCUCUCCAAAGUUUACACAGUCUCUUCAUCAGCCAUAACUUAACCCCCUCUCCGCCACCACCGUCAUCAUCACCGGAGCAACCAUCAUCGCCGGAGCAACUUAUAUAACUCUUUUAUCUAUUUCCAGGUUAGAUGAACCACCGUCGUUUCACCAUUUUCUGUCAUUCAAUACUUACAAAACCUAGAAAAACAAAUGGGCCAUUUUCUUUAUUUAAUGCUGCAUAUAUGUACACAUCACCAAGAUACACAAAUCCAAUCAACAAGACCAAAACUUUUAAUAAUUUUCAGAGACCCAAUACAAGAAUUAGCCCGGACCCAAAUGACCCAUCAACCCUAAUGAAAGAAGAUGGUGUAUCUAUAUGCUCAGAAUUAUGGGUUGAAAGUUUUAGAAAUCCUAAUACAACUUUUAAUAAUUUGACUAAUUAUUUAAGAAGAUUUGAGUUAUGGGUUUUAGCUUAUCAAAAAGUAUGUGCUGAUGAAUUGGGUAGUUAUAUGCCGAAAAGUGAUGUACAGAGAUCAGCUUUAGAUGAUUUGUUAGCACUUAGGAAUGCUGUUCUUGAUAACCGUUUUCGGUGGGGUGCUAGGUUAGAGUUUUUUAUUAAGUCUCCGAAAGAUAAGACUGAGUAUGAGUCGUUGUCGAAAAGAAAGAUUCGCGCUAUUUUGACCACGACGCAACCUAGCCCGUUUCAAGAUAGGAUUGUUCAAGAGGUUUUGUUUAUGAUAUUGGAGCCUGUUUAUGAAGGGAGGUUUUCUGAGAAGUCGUAUGCGUUUAGACCAGGUAGGACUGCGCAUACGGCUUUGAGAGUUAUUAGGAGGAGUUUUGCUGGGUAUUUGUGGUAUAUUAAAGGGGAUUUGAGUACCGUUUUGGAUGGGUUGAAGGUUGGAAUGGUGGUAAGUGCUUUGAUGAGAGAUGUUAGAGAUAAGAUGGUGAUUGAUUUGGUGAAGUCAGCUAUGACUACUCCAGUGAUAACUAGCCCACCUGUUGAAAAAAAGAGAACGAAGAGGAAGUAUCAGAAAAAGAGGGUGUUGGCUGAAGACGAGCCUAAACCUGACCCAUAUUGGUUAGAAUCUUUUUUCGGGUUUGCACCUGAGGAGGCUGAAAAGGUUCCCACUUGGGGACAUUGUGGGAUUCUUAGUCCUUUGUUGGCUAAUAUAUGUCUAGAUGAAUUGGAUCGUUGGAUGGAGGGGAAAAUGAAGGAGUUUUAUAAGCCUUCGAAAAGUGAUGUGAUAUGGAAUAGUCCUGAAGGAGAAGUUGACCAAGGGAAUACAUCUUGGCCCGAAUUUGUUCCGACUAGUGGGCCUGACAAGACUCGGAAAAUAGAUUAUAUUCGUUUUGGUGGUCAUUUCUUGAUUGGAGUUCGUGGUCCUAGAGCCGAUGCAGCAAUUCUUAGAAAACAAUUAAUCGAGUUUUGUGAUGAGAAAUACAUGCUUAAGCUAGACAAUGAGAGUCUCCCUAUUGAACACAUAACAAAAGGAAUUAUGUUUCUUGAUCAUGUGUUAUGUCGUAGAGUUGUAUACCCAACUCUUAGAUAUACAGCAACCGGUGGUAAAAUCAUCAGUGAAAAGGGUGUUGGUACUCUGUUGUCUGUCACUGCAAGCCUUAAACAAUGCAUCAAACAGUUUAGAAAGUUAGGAUUUUUGAAGGGAGACAGAGAUCCUGAUCCACAACCGUGUUUCAGAAUGUUUCAUGCUACCCAAGCUCAUACUAAUGCACAGAUGAACAAGCUUUUGACUACGAUGGUCGAAUGGUAUAGAUAUGCCGACAAUCGAAAAAAGAUAGUGAAUUUUUGUUCGUAUAUCAUAAGGGGUUCGCUUGCAAAACUCUAUGCUGCAAAAUAUAAGCUUCGUUCACGGGCCAAAGUGUACAAAAUUGGUGAUAGAACUCUCAGGCGGCCUUUGAAGGAGAAAAAAGGGCUAUCACCUGAGUACAACGAUUUGUUAAGACAGGGUCUUUCUGAGUCGAUUGAAGGACUUCAUUACACACGAAUGUCGUUGGUACCUGAGACUGAUUACAGCCCGUUUCCAGUGGGGUGGAAGCCUGAUCACGAGAAGGCUUUGCUUGAAUAUAUAAGAUUGGAUGAUCCAAAAACAAAAGAAGAGAUUCAUACAAAUUUAACUGAAGAAGGUCUUAUAUCACCUCAAGAUUAUGUUUCCAUGCUUGUUUGGAAUUAUAAGAGAAACGCUGCCAUUAACGGUGUUAAUAGCUCCGAAGAAGAUAAAACAUUGUUGUUAGGAUCGAGUAUUCAAAAUGAUGAGCAAACGCUAGAAGACGAUGAAGGGCAUGAAGAACAGUUGCACGCUUCAAACGUUUGAGGUAAUUAUGUAAUUUGACCGUUUAGGUGCACAAGAAAUCUAUAGAUUGAAAGUUCAUAGAGUAGCAUGUAUAAUGCCCAUCUCCCUAUAUUCAAAUCAAUAUCAAUUCCAGAUUUGUGCUCACGUAUCAUUACGUUGUAACACAAUGUUAGAGGUGGAAAUGUCAUCUGCUUUUACAAAAUGAUCACCUUUUACAUUUCACGCAUUGAGUUAGAGGUGGAAAUAUGAGUGGGUGCAUGGGUCUGCAAAUUUUGUAUGGGUCAGUUUGGGAUGACCCAAAACUUGUCCGGUUUGUUUUAUUUUUAUAUUACUGUUAGAGCUAAGACACACAACUUUAACCCAUUCAAAAAUAAAUCAGUGGAAAUUGCUGCCUGUAAUUAAUUUUGAAGUUUAGUGAUAGUUUAUUUGUGAACUAAUUUUAAAUCA